GCUUAGUGGGACUUAUUCAAACCUUGAAGGAUAGUGUUAUGAUUCUUUCUUCUUGUUCUGUUAUUCCUUGAAUAAUGCUUAAAUUUGUUCUGUUAUUCCUUGAAUAAUGCUUACAAGUUGCAUAUGCAUAAUGAAUUAAUUACAUACACAUAAACUGUAUGUAUGAGUUACACAAACUUUAUGUAUGAGUUACAUCUGAAAAUGGUUAUGCAUAUUUUUGGUCUUAUACACCUACAUUUAUACUUCUAUAAGGAAAUGGUAUAUUUUAGAAAAUGGUAAAGCGUGGGGAGAAGAAUAAAAGGUGACAAAAUAUUCAAACCAGUUUUUUUUUGAAAAAGACGAUGUCAGAGAGAACUGAAACUGUUCUUAACAGAGCAACCAUGAAAGAUGUAUGCGUGGGGCUUCUUUCUAUUUCCAUUUAUACUCUCUUUCCCCACACCUGCUCUUCUCUCUCCUCAGGUUUCCAUUUUUGGCAACCAAAAAGAUUGCAUACGAUAACAUAGCCAUCACCAGAUCUAAACAUCACAUGCUUUAUCUCUCUAUGUAUAUAUGAGACAUGGUUAUAGAAGAGAGAGACCAAGAGAAGAGGUAGAUGGAUGUUUCUUGUUUCCAAGAAUACCCUUUUGAUCUUCAUUGCAGAGGAGCAUUUAAUGGCUUUGGAGAAAACAAUGCAGUGGAGCUCUCUAAUAAAAGAAGCAUGCUGAAGGAGAGUGAUGGAUUCAAGAAGAAGAAGAAGCAGAGAGGUUCUUCUAGGUUUUGUAGUAGAGGACACUGGAGAGUCUCUGAGGAUUCUCAGCUCAUGGAGCUUGUUGCCCUUUACGGUCCUCAAAACUGGAACCACAUUGCAGAGAAGAUGCAAGGAAGAAGAACAGGCAAGAGUUGCAGAUUGAGGUGGUUUAACCAGCUAGACCCAAGGAUCAACAAAAGAGAAUUCAGUGUUGAGGAAGAAGAGAGGCUACUUGCAGCUCACAGAGCAUUUGGCAACAAAUGGGCUAUGAUUGCUAAGCUUUUCAAUGGAAGAACAGACAAUGCAUUGAAGAAUCACUGGCAUGUCCUCAUGGCAAGAAAGUUGAGGCAGCAAUCAACUUCAUACCUCAGGAGAUUCAAUGAGUCUUCUUAUAAUCCUACUUCAGAUCACAAAACCUUCACUCUUCCUCCUGGUUUGUGUCUUCUUCUUACUCUAUCUAGUAUACAAUGUUUAAGCUUCAUGUUUAUGCUGAUGAUGUUGAAUACGGUAGAUGAUGGUGAAGAUAUGAAUUUGGUAAAGAAGAGCUGGAAAACGCUAAAAGAAGAGUAUACAACUAACCUGAAAGCUCAGUAUCUGCAAGAAGAGUAUUGUUCUUUGCGCAUGCCAAUGCAGGGCCCACAUCAUCACUGCUCAACCUUCCCUGCAGAUUCCUUGGCACUGACACUGCAUGUCUCCAUCCAGGAACCAUCACUGUCGUCAUCAUCAUGUGCAGAACAUAGAGUGGUGGCCAGAUAUUUUGAGACCACCAAACCUCCAGCUUUUAUAGAUUUUCUUGGGGUCGGCCACCACCAAAGCCCCAAGAUUUAGUGAGAGAAAGAAAAGACUAGGAGCUAACUAAGAACUUGAUUACUCAUGUCAUUAUUACCAGAGUCCUUGUCUUUUGUAAGCAAGUAACCAUCAUCACCAUGUUCUAUUUAUUGAAUUUCUUAACCAAAUUUUGAAUAACAUAUUGCAAAAUGAAACA